AAUAACUGUGUCCUGCUUUGAGAUUAGUGUGUGCCAUAAACAUAGAAAGUGUAUCUGUGAUAAAUAGUUAAUUUUUUAAGACAGGAAAGGAAGGUGAUAAGUGUAAGACAUUGGAGUCGGUUAUACUUUGCCGUUGUAUGUGAGCCAGCUAGCGCUUGUGUUGUGCCCAAGCUCGUAAAUCGUUUAAUCAAUUAUUUUCGUUGUACAAGUAAAGUAGUCAUCAGAUUUUCGACGACGUUUAAAUUGUUAUUUUAAAUUAUUGCGUGUAAAUAUAAGUACGUUGCAGAGUGCGUGGGAGCACCGUUUAUCUUCUCGGGGUCUAGUUGGCACUUUGGCAUUCAAUUGUUCUGAUAGUGCAUACAUAGGUAUUUAUCCGACACCAUAGUUGCCGUUGAUGAUAGUGACGGGAAAGGAAACUUUUUAUUUAUUUAAUCGUAAGGAUCGUGAGAUCGCAGUAUGGCGGACGCCGUGAGUUCCAUCGGGUCUUCGGCCAAGGGUGUCAUUAACGAGGCGUUCAGAGGAAAGGAGCCGUGGCAAAUCGUCGCGACGACGUCGGCCACCGUCCUGGCGACCGUUUGGCUCUAUAAUUUUAUCUUCGACGACGAAGAGGGUAUACCCUCGCGGGUGAAGAAAACGGCGAUGCGCAUAGCUCGGCUGGUGCCGGCGGUGCGCCGGAAAAUCGAACACGAGACGAGGAGGCUGGACGAAGGCUUCGAGAACCAAAUGAAGAAAAUGACCGAGGGCAUGCCUCACGUGACUAGCCUACCGGCCGAGGGCAUGGCUCACGAGGACAUCCUCGCGCUCAUCGAGCGCUGCGUUCAUUCCAGCGACUACAACUGGAAGACCGGCCGGGUAUCCGGCUGCGUGUACAAGAGCUCGGACCCAAAGCAGGACGACGUCAUGGCGGAGGUGUUUAGGCUCACCUCGGCCACGAACCCCCUGCACGCGGACGUCUUCCCCGGCGUGUGCAAGCUCGAGGCCGAGGUCGUCCGGAUCGCUUGCAAGCUCUUCAACGGCGACGACGACUGCUGCGGUACGAUGACGUCGGGCGGCACGGAGUCGAUUUUAAUGGCCGUGAAAGCGUGUCGGGACUACGCGCGCGAGGCCAAGGGCAUCAGAAGGCCGGAGAUCGUCAUGCCGGUCACGGCCCACGCGGCCUUCGACAAGGCGGCCCAGUACUUCAAGAUAAGGGUCCGCACCGUGCCCGUGCAUCCCGAGACCUACACCGUCGACCUCAACGCCAUGAGAAGGGCCAUCGGCAGGAAUACCAUUAUGCUGGUAGGUUCAGCGCCCAACUUCCCCUACGGCACGAUGGACGACAUAGGGUCGAUCUCGCGUCUGGGCUUACUCCACAAGGUGCCCGUCCACGUGGACGCGUGCCUGGGCGGUUUCCUCGUGUGCUUCAUGCGCAAGGCCGGCUUCCAGCUGCCGGACUUUGACUUCAAGCUCCCCGGCGUGACGAGCAUAAGCGCCGACACGCACAAGUACGGCUACGCGCCCAAGGGCUCCUCGGUCGUCCUUUACAGGAGCAAGGAGCUCAGGCACCACCAGUUUGUCAUUUCCCCGGACUGGCCGGGUGGCAUUUACGGCUCGCCCACGGUCAAUGGGUCCAGGGCCGGUAGCAGCAUCGCCACUUGCUGGGCCACCCUCAUGUCAUACGGCGAACGGGGCUACGUCGAGGCCACGAGGAAGGUCAUCGAUACCACGCGCUUCAUCGAGAAAGAAUUGCGUGAAAUCGAGGGUAUCUACGUGCUGGGCAAGCCGGCGACCUCGGUAGUGGCGUUCAGCUCGCGGCACUUUCACAUAUACACGCUGUCGCAGCAGCUCAACAAACGUGGCUGGAACCUUAACUCGCUGCAGUUCCCGAACGCCGUGCACAUGUGCGUGACCCUCGCCCACACUCAACCGGGCAUCGCCGACACCUUCGUCAAGGACGUACGGGAGGAGGUACUCACUUUGCUCGAGAUACCACCCGAGCCCAUCCACGGCAUGUACGCCGUGUACGGCAUGAGCCAGGGCGUGGCGGACCGUAGCGUCGUCGAGGAUAUAACCAAGUGCUUCCUGGACUCGCUGUACUACACGCCCCGCGAUAAGCAACCGGAGGAGAAACAAAGUACCGAGACGGCCAGCGUGGCAUCAGCUGCCGCGGACGGGCUGUAAAGUGGAGUCUCCGAUGGCGCCGUCAGCCGUUAAAACAACAACGAUUCAGCCGUGCAGUCCAGGGAUUUAUACGUGCUUGAUCGAGGAGGGCGUCCCGCUCUCCUAUUGUUCUGAGCGUUGGUGCCACUCGGGCUGAUGGCCGCCUUCAAGUCGGGAGUUCAAAGCGGGGAUCGUUAAGGGGUUUAACGCCUGCAUCUCGUUAGCCCCUGUUGUAACGCUUUCUUCCUUUUUUAUCAAUUGAAGGAGAAACUCUGACAAGAAGAGCAAAUUUUUAAUUAUUUUUAACGAAAGAGUUUUUUUUUUAUUCCUCGAAGCUUUUAUAUUAACGGUUAACUUUACUUUUCGCGGACUGGUGUACUUUCCUUUUUUUUUUUUUUUUUUUUUUUUUCUUGUCUCCUCCAAGAGAGGAAACUCGGCCUUUCUACAAUACUGUGCAAUAAACUUUAUUUAUACCUGUACUUGUAAGCUGUGACGGAAUCCAAUGGUGCGACGCACCGACAAAACAUAUUUUUGUAUUGCGUAUCGCGUGUCGAGCAUACUUUUUUCUUACAUACAAGUCUUUUAAUACAAUAAUUCUACACGUGCAUACUUAUGUAGCUAAUAAAAAAAGAAAUCUAGAGAA